AUGAAUCAAUCGUUUAUUUUACCAUCAAAUUGUACUUAUAUAUCAAGUAAUCGAUGUUCAGUUAAACUUAUAUUUUGGUAUGAACAAAGAAAUUAUAUUGUUAAAUUUUCAGGUGAUUUAUUAAAUGAUGAAAAUAUUGAUGAUAAUAGACAUUUUAUUAUGAUUGAAGUAGCUAUGAAAAGAUUUUUUUCCUAUGAUAUUAAUUAUAUAUGUAAAGAUAAAGAUGAUUGUACUCGAUAUUUUGCUGAAAAAAAAAUUAUUGAAAUGAGACAACGAUCAUUUAAUAUUUCAAAUAUUUAUAAUGAUCUUAAACAAAUUUUAUAUAAAAAUACAAAUUUAGAUAAUGAUUUACUUUGUUUUGAUUCAAAUGAAGCUAUACGACAAUGUACUGUUGCUGGAAUUAUUGGUUCAUGUCAAAUUAUUGAUGAUCUUAUUAAAUAUAAAAUUUAUCGACGUUCAUGUCAACAUCAUUCUCAAGAAUCAGCUAGUGUUAAUAUUUAUGAUUCGAAUAAUUUUGCAAUCAUGACUGUUAAAUGUAAUCGAAUGCUAUGUAAUGGACCAUUAACAAUACAAGCUGUAAAAAAUGUCUUAAAUCACUAUAAUAUUACGGAUAUUAAUGGUCGACUAUUGGGGAAUAGUUCACGUAUAUCAUUGAAAUAUUAUUUAUUUAUAUUGAUAUUUUCUGUAGAUUUUUUUUUUCGAAUUUAA